AUGUCGGAGUAUGAUGAAGUUUUGUGUAGUUCACUGAAGCUGAAAUCUGGACAGGGAAUAAAAAAAAAGAAGAAAAAGCACAGCAAGAAGAUUGAAUUGGAAAAACGCAGAGAUAAACGUAUUCUCGAGUCUGUGUUAUCGAAGGCAGAUAAAUCACAUAAACAAAGGAUUAUUGAAUUUAACAAUUACUUGAGUACACUAACUGAACAUUUUGAUAUACAGAAAGUUUCUUGGACUAAAUGA